CAAGCCAUACACCAUUGUCCAUAUCAAGCUAAGAACACUCAGUAUGCAUCAACAGUACCAUGAGAUCAGCGCCAUUUUGUGUCUUCUAGAGAUGUAUGAGCAGAACCAAAUGAAAGCCUCACAAGAAGAUGGUGACAGACAGGUCCUGGUUAAGGUCAUGUCAGGAAAAUGGCGUUGCCUUUCCACCAUAUUGAAAAGACUGGGUUCCAUUUGUGCCCCCCAGCAUGAAACCAAUUGUACACCUCAAACCAAGACUGUGGUUACAGCCGAAAAGGCCUGUGGUACUCAAGACGAUAUUGAUACAUUUAUUGAUACAUUUGAAGAAAAGCCUAAGAAAGACUUCGAUAAUGAUCUUGCAGAUGAUGACAACGUUGUGAGUUCAUUGGAAAUAUAUGAGAUAUAUGAAGGCAUCACAGAGGAUGACUUGGUGGGUGGCACCAGCCCGAACAGUUUUGAAUCCAACAUUGGUGUUAAUACGUUUGAAGAAAAGACUGAAAAUUACUUUGAUACUGAUGAUUCAGAUAAUGAUGAUGUUGUGAACAACUUGUGUAAGGAGACAAGUGUUCACUCUUUUACGUUGGAUACUGAUUCAGAGUCCGAAUGCAGAUCCAGAGGCCCUGUUGGUCCUCCACACCGUGCAUGGGAGGACGACAGGAGUAGCCGAAAGUGACUGGUCUCAGUCGGAGACAUGGCUUAGCCAUUAAAGGCUAAGCAUACAACCAAAAAAAUAUAAGUAACUAUUCCUCCUGUAUUCCCCUGUAUUAUAAAUACAUUAAGCUGAUUAUUAAAUUGUUUUAAAAAUACAA